UUGAAGAAAAUUUAGCUACCUUAAAUUAUAAUAAAGAAGUUAUAGAAAUAGAUCCUAAAAGUAAUGAUGAGGAUAUCAUGUUAGAUUAUUCAACUCUUGAUAUUAAAAAUAGUAAAGAAGAAAUAUUCAAAAAUAUUGAAAAUUAUGAUGAAAGAUUUA